AUGUUUGUUUUCUCUCUCUCUCUCUCUUUCUCUCUCUCUCUUUUCUCUCUCUCUCUCUCUCUCUCUCUUACUUCCUUUUCCACAAAUCCUUUGUCUCAAGUGACAUCAGCGACGUAUGAAAGCACGGCAGAAUUAUGCGAUCACCUGAACGAAUUAUCGAUUAUGGAUCGCAAAACAAGCAAACGGCCACCCAAUCAUUAUUUAUGUCAUCUCUGCUUCAGUAAAGGACAUUACAUCAAAGAUUGUCCACAGGCUCGUCCUAAAGGAGAAGGUUUGACUCCUUACCAAGGGAAAAAGCGAUGUUUUGGCGAAUACAAGUGUCCUAAGUGCAAACGUAAAUGGAUGAGUGGAAAUAGUUGGGCGAAUAUGGGACAAGAAUGUAUUAAAUGCCACAUCAAUGUUUAUCCAUUUAAGCAGCGCCCAUUGGAGAAACCGGACGGCCUUGACGUAUCUGAUCAAAGCAAAGUACACCCUCAACACCUCUGCGAAAAAUGCAAAGUUUUAGGCUAUUAUUGUCGGCGUAUGAACUAA